CAAGCAAACACUGUGCCUCCAACAGCUACAAAGUUACAGUCGUUCGGAAUUUCCCAUUGGACUUUAUCCAUUACCAAAACAAACCUCCUUCUCCAAAAAUCGAAACCCCCGCUGAGCUGUGGGCAGGUCAGAAGCUCAUGAAUAAAUUCCUUUUGCACACGUGUGGUGUGCAUACACACAGACUCAGACAAGAGACAGCCGGACUCCCACACAGAAACGGAUUUGAUUUUGUAGACCUAACGAAGACAAAAAAAUAUGUUUGAAAAUCACAUUGCCUUGCUACAGUAUACUGCUAUCAGGGAUAUGACAACAACUAUUGGCAAAGAGAUUCUGCAAUAAAGUUUUAUUCUGAAUCACUCAUUUCAACAGUCAGGAUCUGAUUCAACGAAGGGGAACCUGUGGAUUGUGUCGCAAAAAUUUCUGACAACAGCGUUUUUGCUUCACCUAAAUGAAGUCAGACUCAGUUGCAAUGGUGGCCCUACCUUCAAAGACGCAUAAACAGGAGACAGUGUGCAUCUUUGGGACAGGUGACUUUGGAAUUUCAUUAGGGCUCCGUUUGCUUCAGUCGGGCUACAAUGUUGUAUAUGGAUCCCGAGACCCUAAAAACUCAAAAUUGCUGCCUAAGGGUUCAAAGGUCAUGACUCAUGCAGAGGCAGCUCAUGAAGCUCAGGUGAUAUUCGUGGCUGUACAGAGGGAGCACUAUGGAUUCUUGAGCUCACUGGCCUCUGAUCUCGAUGGAAAGGUGCUGGUUGAUAUCAGCAAUAAUCUCAGGAGUGGCAUGUACACGGAAUCAAAUGCCGAAUAUAUGAGCACGCUGGUUCCAGCGGCAACUGUGGUCAAAGCCUUCAAUACCAUUUCAGCCUGGGCCCUGCAGUCUGGAGGACUGGAUGCCAACAGACAGGUGCUUGUCUGUGGAGACCGGGCUGAUGCGAAGCAACUGGUGGUGGACAUUGCUCAGGCUCUUGGUUUCUCUGCCCUAGACAAAGGCUCUCUGAAAGCAGCUUCUGAGCUGGAAGAUCUACCUUUGCAACUCUUUCCUCUCUGGAGACUUCCUCUCCACAUCGCCAUCGGUCUAACUGCUUUCAUUUUUUUCUACGUGCUCAUAAGAGAUGUCAUAUACGAGGGUGUCACCAACGGCAAAGACAUUUCUUUUCGUAUUAUGAUAUCGAUGGCCAACAAGGCCUUUCCAAUCGUCGCCCUGGUGAUGCUGGCCCUGUGUUACCUGCCGGGCGCACUGGCCGGGUUCUUGCAGAUUUAUAACGGCACGAAGUACCGACGCUUCCCUGAUUGGCUAGAUCGCUGGAUGCUGUGCAGAAAGCAACUAGGACUUUUAGCUUUGGCCUUCGCUUUUCUACAUGUUCUCUACACCUUAGUUAUUCCCAUCAGAUAUUACGUAGUCUACAGGAGAAAUGUCUACGUUAUAUCACUGGUUAAAGACAACAUAACCUAUGAGUUUGACAAAACAGCAGCCUGGCGUUAUGAUUCCUACUUUUCCAUGGGAAUUCUCGGAUUUGUCCUUUUUGUCCUUUUAGGAAUUACCUCUUUCCCAUCUGUGAGCAACUCUCUAAACUGGAGGGAGUUUAGAUUUGUACAGUCUAAACUGGGCUACAUCACCCUGCUGCUCUGCACCCUCCACACAUUCCUGUACGGUUGGAACAAAUUUCUGAAACCGCACGUAUACAAGUGGUGGAUGCCCCCUGCGUACAUGUUGUCUCUGGUGGUCCCCUGCGUAGUUCUGAUACUAAAGCUCAUCCUCAUCACUCCAUGCGUGGACAACAAAGUCACUCGUAUCCGUCAAGGAUGGGAAAGACGGAGCAAGACGUCACAAAAGACCAGCCAACCGCUAAUGGCCUAGAGUUCCUUACAAAAACUGAAACAGCUGUAAACUGUUGUGCCUGAAUGUGAGGUUGGAUGUUGACUGUUGCAAUGAAACAGCAAUUUUUCUUUGGUGUCAACAAAUAGAGCUACCUAGAGAAGCUUUGGCUUCUCAAUAUUCUUCACCCAGCUGGUGACCAGCAGUGAUAAUCAUCUCACAGUAAUCCAUAUAAUUGACCAAUCCCAUUUAAAAAGCAGUUUAUACUUAGGCUACAUUAAGUAACUCACAUAUGCAUGCAUAUUUUGUGACCAUAGAUUCGUAUCGCAUUAGAUCAUUUUCCAUAUAUCAACUGUUCACGUUACAAGUUUUCUCUCCUCUAUACAGAACACAAAGCCAGCUGAGGUGGGGAUUCUGUACAUUUAUUAAAGCACACAUUUCUGUAUACUGUAAAGCUCUUUUACCUGUCUUUUUAUUGCCUGUUCCUCUGAGCUAUUUCCUCUCAAGAGCCUCCCAAAACUGAGCAGCAACUUCCUUCUUGGUCUGUUUUCGGGGACUGGCUUUCCUGUCUGCAGUAUAAAGUAUAAAGGACCUGUCAAUCAAGUGCCUAUGGCGGAUGGGCCUUUCUGUAUAGUGCUUUUAUGAAGAAGCGCCGGCUGCGGAACCAAAAUAACAAGGCACAUUGUGUAUUGAAUGUUACUGAAAGCAGUGUGUGCACACUGGCGAAGAAAACUAAUAACUUCACUUAUUCCAGACACAAAGCAUCAAGAGUGUUUAAAAUAUUGCAUCCUUGCAAGGAUUGUGAUGUUAUUUUGUAUGACUUGAUAUUGAAUCAGAUUGGAAUAAAGACUUAUCGUAUCAAACUGAAUAUUAAAUUUGCUUUUAGAUUU